AUGGGCAGUGAUCCAACCACUUAUAAUGGAGGUUCUCUUGUAGCAAUGUGUGGCAAGAACUGUGUUGCCAUUGCCUCUGAUCUUCGUUUUGGUAUACAGGCAAUGACUGUCGGAAUGGAUUUCCCAAAAAUAUUUCCCUUGGAUGAUGAUUCGGGCCCAAAGCUUUGUGUUGGCCUGUCCGGAUUAGCCAGCGACGUCCAAACGCUUUCCACUGCCAUUAAGGCCUUUACCAAGUCUGCCCUUAUUGAGUCACAGGGAUCUUUUCCUACAUCUCUACUUCGCCCAUCCACUUUGGCUUCGAGAAUAUCAACUAUGCUUUAUGGCCAACGAUUUUCACCAUGGUUCGUAGAACCCAUUAUUGCUGGAAUAGACGAGUCAUUUGAUGGAAACAAUUCACCAUUUAUUUGUUCAAUCGAUCUGCUCGGCUCAAUUAGCAUUGCAAACGAUUUUGUUACCUCUGGCACGGCUUCAUCUUCGCUUUCCGGCAUUUGUGAGUCACUCUGGGCUCCUGACAUGGAUCAGGAACAAUUAUUUGAGGCCGUUUCGCAAGCUCUUCUGUCAGCCAUGGGUAGAGAUGCAUUAAGUGGCUGGGGUACUGUAGUCCAUAUAAUAACUCCCGAAGGAAGAACCAUACGUCAUGUUGAAUGUAGAAUGGACUAG